CUUACUCUGACCUGAGGCGGCACGCCAUCGGCGCCAUGUCGGCCUACACCCAGUUCGGUUACCCCUACGUGACGGCUGCUUCGCAGCUGCUGAUGCCGGGCCAGCCGAGCACGCCGAGCACGGCCGGCACGUCGUGCUGCGAGACGGGCCGGGUGGUGGGCACCGACCCCGUGACCGGCCAGGCCGUCUGCUCGUGCCAGUACGACCCGAGCCGGCUGGCCGCGCUCAACUCCUACCCGCGCCUCAGCACCGGCUCGACGCUGCACUACAGCACCAGCUACCCCAGCGGCGAGCAGAACCCCUACCCCAGCAUCGGCGUCGACUCCUCCUACUUCAGCACCUUCGGCACGCCGUACGGCCUGAAGGAGUCGAGCGGAGCAGACAUGGGCGUCUAUGGCGGCCUGGGGGUACGGGUGCGCCCUACGAUCUGGCGGCGAGAAGAAGAAAAGCCACUCGCGAGUCCACGGGGCACGCUGAAGGCGUGGCUGAACGAGCACAAGAAGAACCCGUAUCCGACCAAGGGCGAGAAGAUCAUGCUGGCCAUCAUCACCAAGAUGACGCUGACGCAGGUCUCCACGUGGUUCGCCACGCCCGGGUCAAGUCGGGAGACGCUCUCGCCGGGCGGCGACUGGAAGGACAAGCCGCUCGACGACUGCAGCGACCCGCAGAAGCCCAAGAUCUGGUCGCUGGCCGAUACGGCCACGCCGCCCAGCCUCAAGCUUGGCCAGAUGAGCUCGCUGAGCAAGCUGGCGCACCUCAACAGCGGCGCCAUGGGCUACGGCGGUCCCUACCCGGGCUCGUCGCUGGGCUCGACCCGUCCGUCGACGCUGGAGCGGCGCCCGGACGUGUACCAGACGCAGCUGUCGGCCCAGCAGCAGCACCACCUCCAGCAGCACCAGCAGCAGCAGCAGCACGUGCAGCAGAGUCAGCAGACGGCGCGACAACAGAUGCCUGUGGAGAUGGCCUCAUACGCCGCCGCAUACAAAGACGGUAGUUCCGGCUCCGUCCCGCCGGCCGAGUACGUGUCGCCCGUGUGAGGGCGUGACCUCCGGCCCGGCCGGCCGACCUCUGACCUGACUUCCGGUC